AUGACGGAUGAAACCAAGACCGCUACCGAAGCCCCUUGUGUGGUAUGUAAAGUCACUGUACGCACUCCACCCUUUUGGCCAGAAGAACCCGCAUUAUGGUUCUCGCAAAUGGAAGCCCAGUUCGCUAUCGCCGGCAUAUCAAGUGACACAACCAAAUUUAACCACGUCAUUGGCCAGUUGGAGCAUAAGUACGCCGUAGAGGUAAAAGAUAUUAUUAGCAACCCACCAGCCGACAAUAAAUAUGAAAAAAUAAAAUCGCAGCUCAUAUCGAGGAUCUCCGUGUCUAAAGAACAAAAGUUCCUGCAGUUGAUGAAACACGAAGAGCUAGGUGACAGAAAGCCGUCACGAUUCCUACGACACUUACGCGCGUUGGCAGGUGAGGGCAUUCCGGAAGAUUUCCUGAAAACCGUGUGGAUAAGCCGUUUACCCGGCAGCCUGCAGGCGCUUAUUACGUCCCAAGCCAAAGCUACGUUAGAAGAGUUAGCUGAAUCUGCGGACAAGGUACACGACGUCGCUCCCCAGGCUCUGCAGGUCCAUGCAUUGGGCACUACCGCUCAUGGCACGGAGAUAUCCGAAAUUGCAAGGCAAAUGACUGAACUUACAAGGGAAGUUGCUGCCUUAAAGGCUGGAAAUCAACCGCACACAUCAAGAUCCGGUUUCCGUGGCGGUCGAGCGCCGUUUAGUUCAAUAAUACACACAUACGGCUCGAUACAAUUACAACUGGACCUGGGGCUCCGUCGGAUUUACAACUGGAAUUUUGUGGUCGCCGACGUAUCCAAGCCGAUUAUUGGCGUUGAUUUUCUGUCGUUCUACAGUAUAGUAGUCGAUUGCAGAAACCAGCGGUUGAUAGAUAACUCAACAACAUUGAGCAUCACGGCCCCACCUCAGCCGUCAGCAAAAUCUAUCGCAUCAGUGAAAGUAAUGUCAGGGGAGUCGAACUACCAUAACAUUUUGUGUCAGUAUCCUGAUAUUACACGCCCAGCCGGCAUGCAUAACACUCCCAAGCACAAUACCAUACAUCAUAUUCGCACUACACCUGGACCGCCAGUUACAAGCAGGCCACGACGCCUUCCACCGGAUCGCCUAAAAAUAGCUCAAAAAGAAUUUGAAGCCAUGCUCGAAAUUGGCACAGCUUGCAGAUCCGAGAGCUCAUGGUCGUCUCCAUUACACCUCGUUCCUAAAAAGGAUGCCGGCUGGCGCCCAUGUGGUGACUAUAGAGCCCUUAAUGCACGUACUAUUCCAGACAAGUACCCAAUACGACAUAUUCAGGAUUUUACACAGCAACUGACAGGAAGCAAAGUAUUUUCUAAAGUUGACCUCGUCAAAGCGUACAAUCAGAUUCCUGUAAAUCCUGAUGAUAUUCCAAAGACUGCAAUCAUAACCCCCUUCGGGCUGUUCCAUUUUCCGUACAUGACGUUUGGCCUCCGAAAUGCUGCACAAACGUUCCAGCGAUUUAUGGAUGAAGUGCUCCGAGGUUUAGAUUUUUGCUACGGAUAUUUGGAUGAUAUCUUAAUCUUCUCCUCCAACACAGAAGAGCACGAAAAACACCUUCACACGCUAUUCCAGCGUCUGCAAGAUUACGGUGUUCUCAUUAACGUAGCAAAAUGUGAAUUUGGAAUGGCGGAAAUUACUUUUCUUGGACAUAAAGUUUCAACCCAAGGGAUCCAACCCCUCGACACCAAAGUACAAGCGAUGUUGGAUUAUCCCGCACCUAAAAACGUCCGAGAACUCCGCAGAUUUCUUGGCAUGUUUAAUUUUUAUCGAAGAUUCGUGCCAGGCGCUUCAGAACUGCAAGCACCCUUAAAUAUUGUGCUGGCUGGUCCAAAGAAGAAACCUACGCAGGACAUUGAGAUGACGCAGGAAAUGAUGAAAGCGUUCGAGGCAUGCAAAAAAGGACUUUCGCGAGCUGCUACCCUAGCUCAUCCUCGAACAGACGUUGAGUUGGCUAUCCACACUGACGCCUCAUAUACCUCUAUUGGCGCUGUACUACACCAACGAGUAACACCUGGAGCUUGGGAACCACUAGCAUUCUUUUCUCGUCGUCUGAAACCGUCGCAAAAGAAAUAUAGCCCAUAUGAUAGAGAACUGCUGGCCAUAUAUGACGCUAUCAGGCAUUUCCGUCACAUGGUUGAAGCCAAGCCAUUCACUAUUUACACGGACCACAAACCCCUUACUUAUGCUUUCUCCUCAACAAGAGACAAAUGCUCUCCUAGGCAGUUCCGCUACUUGGAUUUUAUUUCCCAAUUCAGCACAGACAUACAAUAUGUGGCAGGGAAACUAAAUGUAGUGGCAGACUGCCUGUCCAGAGUUGAAGAAAUUGGUGGAUAUACGAUCGACUACAAAGCGCUGGCAAAUUCUCAAGACGGAGAUAGAGAAUUGCAUCAACUACUACAACACGCAUACCCAAGACCAUAUAUAACGGAAACUUUCCGGCGAAAAGUAUUCGACGCAGUACACAGGCUGAGCCCAGCGUUAAAGGAACCAUCCGCCUGGUACUGCCUCACGGUCAUCGAUCGCUUUACGCGUUGGCCUGAAGCAUAUCCAUUGGCGGACAUCACCGCAGAGACCUGCGCACUAGCCUUUAUAUCAGGCUGGGUCGCCCGCUUUGGCUGUCCUGCAAAAAUCACCACGGACAGAGGCAGACAGUUUGAAUGCGAGCUUUUCCGAAGUUUGGCGACAAUCCUUGGAUCUGAGCAUCGACCAACAACUUCUUAUCAUCCGGCUUGCAAUGGGAUGGUCGAACGCCUCCAUCGACAGUUAAAAGCAGCCAUAAUGUGCCAUACCAACACGCACUGGGUAGAAGCUUUGCCUUUGGUACUCCUCGGAAUCCGCAGUGCUUGGAAAGAAGACAUCCAGUCUUCGGCGGCGGAGCUCGUAUAUGGCGAGCCAUUGCGCCUACCUGGUGACUUCUUCAAACCUUCAGAAACUACUGCAGUCGACUACUGCAAUUUUGUGGAAAGGCUACGCAACCAUAUAGCUAAAAUCAUCCCAGUUCCUGGCACUCGUCACUCUCAGAGGCCGUUCUAUAUCCCAAAGGUCCUCAGCUCUGCAGAUUAUGUUUUCCUACGACAUGGACCUGUCAAAGGAUCACUAGAAUCCCCGUACACUGGCCCAUAUAAAGUUUUGCAGAGAGGAAGCAAAACAUUUAAAAUAGAGAGAGCAGGGAAAGCAGACACUGUCAGUAUCGACAGGCUCAAGCCAGCGUAUAUGUCCAAAGACGAUUGGGGAAAUCUAAGUCACAGCAGCGCUACUCCUGACACGCCAUUAACUCCGCAAGUGCCUGCAUCUGCUACCAAUAAUCUACCGCUAGAGCAGGAACAAACUGCAGAAAAAAGAACUCGUAGCGGCCGAACCGUACACUUUCCGUCCCAUCUUUUUGACUAUCGACCGUAG